AUGUCUCAACCACCUCAAAGAAUGGUGGAAGACAGUACGCAAAUACAACAUCGCCAUAAACCUGCGACUGGUGAUGAUCCGCAUCGUAAAGAUCGAGCGGUGAUGCGGGGAGACGAGGGGAGGGUAGUUGGGGUGAAGGGGAAGAGGAAUUUAUUGGUUGUGUUGAAGAUUGGGUGGGAGAAGUUGAGGAGGUUUGAUGAGCGUGAUUCGAUCCAUGGCGACGAUGAAUCCGAUACCUCGAGCUCCGACUGGUCCGUCCAACGAAGAGAAGAGUUGCUCAGAGACGCAGAGAUGCAGAGGGCGAUUUUGAGGAGUGAAUCACCUGAAGUAGAUGAUGCAUGGUGUAAUUUGUUUACGGGGGGACUACGACAAUCUUCAGAGAGUGACGCUGCUCGGUGUUCUGACUUAGUAGGAGCAGUACCGUCUAUGACCCAGUCUCCAGAGACAUCAGUACACCGCCCAACGACAUCUGCCCAUACAUCUCCUGAGGAUCACUCAUCGCCCGAAAGAGAGCAUAUAGUUUCUAACAAAGUUUCUGACACCACCCAGACCGUUCUAAGCUCCUCCACUCUCCUAGCGCAGCGAGUCGAAAAUCUCGAAAAAGUAGUCUACGGAAACCAGUCCUCGGGAACAUACGCAUAUCGCCCAAACACACACGACCACACCUCCCUACUACCCUCUCAUACCUCCAAAUAUAUCUCCCCCUACCCCACCAAACCCACCUCAAACCCCAUCGCAUACACCUCUCCCCCUCCAGCCACCUCACCUAAAUCCACGCAACCCCUCCAAAGCGUCCUCCACGAGCUCGAAAACGCGAGUCAAGCGACUAUCAGGGCGAGAAAGAAGUACGACGAGGUAUCUGCGAAGGGGAUGCUGGAGUUGCAGCGCGUGUAG